AUGUCAUUGUGCACCUUUGCUCGCCGGCCUCGCCGCAAGAAGGGUCACUCACGAAGCAACCACAGACCGGGGAUACGUGCACCGUCAAUUAAACGAAACGCUGCCGAGACAAGGAACCAGAGCGAAUUGUGAACUGACAGCUUCAGGACAAGUCCAAGCAGGAUGGAGGUAAAGGCAAACCUCACUUCAGAGCCGAGUUGGAAGGCUUUGCAGGAUUAUUUCAAUGCCAACAAAGAUAAGCUGGACAUCAAACAAUUGAUCCAGAAGGAGGAUCGAUUUGCUAAAUUCAGUUUGAAGUUGGGAACACCUGAAGAUGGAGACAUUUUGCUGGAUUUUUCAAAGAACAGAGUUGAUGACAGCACCCUUGCUCUUCUUUUCGACCUGGCCAGAGCUCGCAAAGUGGACAGUGCCAGGAGCGCCAUGUUCUCUGGUCAAAAAAUCAACUUCACUGAGGGCAGAGCAGUCUUGCAUAUUGCCCUGCGGAACAGGAGCAACACCCCCAUUGUCUUGGACGGAGCCGACGUGAUGCCCGAUGUGAACGCCGUUUUGGCCCACAUGAAGGAGUUCACUGAAAGCGUCAUUAGUGGUGCCUGGAAGGGCUACACUGGCAAAGCCAUAACUGAUGUCAUCAACAUUGGCAUUGGAGGCUCCGACUUGGGUCCGUUGAUGGUAACCGAAGCUCUGAAGCCGUACGCCAUAGGUCCGAGAGUGCACUUUGUUUCCAACAUUGAUGGAACCCAUUUGGCUGAAACUGUGAAGAAGCUGAACCCUGAGACUUCUCUUUUCAUUAUCGCCUCCAAGACUUUCACGACCCAAGAAACAAUUACGAACGCCACCUCUGCCAAACUUUGGUUCCUCGAUGCUGCAAAAGAUCCCAGUGCCGUUGCAAAGCAUUUUGUGGCGCUUUCGACGAACCGAACUAAAGUCAUAGAAUUUGGCAUAGACGAGAAGAACAUGUUUGGCUUCUGGGACUGGGUUGGAGGUCGUUAUUCUCUCUGGUCUGCUAUUGGUCUCUCUAUUGCCUUGAGCAUUGGUUACAACAAUUUUGAAUCUCUUCUUGCGGGUGCGCAUUUCAUGGACCAGCACUUUGUCACGGCCCCACUUGAGAAAAAUGCGCCUGUGAUUCUUGCCUUGCUCGGAAUUUGGUACAGUAACUUUUAUGGUGCUGAAACUCACUGCCUGCUGCCCUAUGAUCAGUAUUUGCACAGAUUUGCUGCAUAUUUUCAACAGGGAGAUAUGGAGUCCAAUGGAAAGUACAUCACUCGAGCUGGAAAGCAGGUUGACUACAGCACAGGGCCCAUCGUGUGGGGCGAACCAGGCACAAAUGGCCAGCAUGCAUUUUACCAACUCAUCCACCAAGGAACUCGUCUGAUUCCUGCCGAUUUCAUUGCCCCUGCCCAAACUCAUAAUCUUGUCCAGAACGGACUUCACCACAAGAUCUUGCUGUCCAACUUCUUGGCGCAGACUGAGGCUCUUGCCACAGGAAAAACUGCAGAAGUUGUCAAGCAAGAGUUGGAGAAGUCCGGACUGGCUCCAGCGGACAUUGAGAAAAUUCAGCCACACAAAGUCUUCUUGGGCAACAAGCCAACGAACUCAAUUGUAGUCAGGAAACUGACACCUUUCACUCUUGGUGCUCUAAUUGCAAUGUACGAACACAAGAUCUUUGUCCAGGGGGUCAUUUGGGACAUCAACUCUUAUGAUCAGUGGGGAGUGGAGUUGGGCAAGCAACUGGCCAAAGCCAUUGAGCCCGAAUUGCAAGAUAAGACGCCCGUCUCUAGCCAUGAUUCCUCAACCAACGGUCUGAUAAACUUCUUGAAGCAAAACUUCUAAAAGCAAUGGUUGUCCUUAGAUAAUUAGUGAUGUUUUAGGCCAAAGCCUUUUCUUUUUGUUAUGAAAUUCAAUGUUUUCAAAUAAAUAGGUGAAUGAUGUCAUCAGUGUUAAAAGUAAUUAAAUUGCUUUUUUUUUAUUAAUAACUGUGUUUAUUCAAUAUAAAUUCUUGCAUAUUAUUAACAAUUA